AUGGCCAGCCAGCAGGACUCGGGCUUCUUUGAAAUCAGCAUCAAAUACUUACUGAAAUCCUGGAGCAACAGUUUGCAGCAGCAGAGAGAGAAAUGGAAGGGUGUGUGGAAGAAAGAGCAAUGGAGACGGGACCCCACCUUGCUCACGGGAGCCUGGCUGGGAGGACACAUCCAGGGCCAGAGUGCCUGGGCCUGCGGAGGCCGGCUCCGCAUCCCAGGAUGCAGAGUGGAUGAUGCCUGCCACGUGCCUGAAAAGCCAUUGACAAAAUCUCUACAACGUGGAGAAGACCCCCAAUUUGAUCAAGUCAUCAGCUCUAUGAGUUCCCUGUCUGAGUACUGUCUGCCGUCUAUUCUGCGCACGCUGUUCGACUGGUAUAAGAGGCAAAAUGGAAUCGAGGACGAAUCACACGAAUACAGACCAAGAACAAGCAAUAAAGCCAAAAGUGACGAACAACAGCGUGAUUAUUUAAUGGAGAGACGGGACCUCGCUAUUGAUUUUAUUUUCUCAUUAGUAUUAAUCGAAGUUUUGAAACAGAUCCCACUUCACCCUGUAAUAGACAGUUUAAUCCAUGAUAUUAUUAAUCUGGCCUUCAAGCACUUUAAGUACAAAGAAGGGUACCUUGGCCCUAACACUGGCAACAUGCACAUUGUGGCUGACCUCUAUGCAGAAGUGACUGGAGUGCUGGCACAGGCUAAAUUCCCUGCCGUGAAGAAGAAAUUUAUGGCCGAGCUGAAGGAAUUGCGGCAGAAAGAGCAGAGCCCGGUCGUGGUCCAGAGCAUCAUCAGCUUGAUAAUGGGCAUGAAGUUCUUUCGAAUCAAGAUGUACCCAGUGGAGGAUUUUGAGGCCUCGCUCCAGUUCAUGCAGGAAUGUGCCCAUUAUUUCCUCGAGGUGAAAGACAAAGACAUCAAGCACGCCUUGGCUGGGCUCUUUGUUGAGAUUCUUGUCCCCGUCGCUGCUGCUGUCAAAAACGAAGUGAAUGUCCCCUGCCUUAGGAACUUUGUGGAAAGCCUCUAUGACACCACGCUGGAACUUUCUUCUCGAAAGAAACAUUCCUUGGCCCUGUACCCCCUGGUGACCUGCCUGCUCUGUGUCAGUCAAAAGCAGCUGUUUCUAAACAGGUGGCAUGUUUUCCUCAACAACUGCUUGUCCAACCUCAAAAAUAAAGACCCCAAGAUGGCCCGAGUUGCCUUGGAAUCUUUGUACCGAUUACUGUGGGUUUAUAUGAUUCGCAUCAAGUGUGAAAGCAACACGGCUACUCAGAGCCGACUUAUAACCAUCGUCACAACACUUUUCCCCAAAGGGUCCCGUGGCGUGGUACCGAGGGAUAUGCCGCUGAACAUCUUUGUGAAGAUCAUCCAGUUCAUCGCCCAGGAACGUUUGGAUUUUGCAAUGAAAGAAAUCAUUUUCGAUUUUCUUUGUGUGGGGAAACCAGCCAAAGCUUUCAGUCUCAAUCCGGAGAGAAUGAACAUUGGCUUAAGAGCUUUCUUGGUCAUAGCCGAUAGCUUGCAGCAGAAAGAUGGUGACCCUCCUAUGCCUGUGACGGGAGCUGUUCUCCCUUCCGGAAACACCCUGAGAGUGAAGAAAACUUAUUUGAGUAAAACCUUAACCGAAGAGGAAGCCAAAAUGAUAGGCAUGUCAUUAUAUUACUCUCAAGUACGGAAAGCUGUGGACAAUAUUUUAAGGCACCUUGAUAAAGAAGUAGGAAGGUGUAUGAUGCUCACCAAUGUCCAGAUGUUAAACAAAGAACCCGAAGACAUGAUCACGGGUGAGAGGAAGCCCAAAAUAGACCUGUUCAGGACCUGUGUGGCAGCUAUUCCUCGGCUCCUACCAGACGGGAUGUCAAAGCUGGAGCUGAUUGACUUGCUGGCGAGGCUCUCCAUCCACAUGGACGACGAACUGCGUCACAUUGCACAGAAUUCUCUGCAAGGCUUGCUGGUUGACUUCCCAGACUGGCGAGAAGACGUUCUGUUCGGCUUUACCAACUUCCUGCUGCGUGAAGUCACGGACAUGCACCAUACGCUGCUCGACGCGUCCCUGAAGCUGCUGCUGCAGCUGCUCACGCAGUGGAGACUGGCCAUCCAGGCCCACGGGAGGGUCUGCGAGCAGGCCGGCAAAAUCAGGAACCCAGAGCUAAUUCCCAAUGGAUCCAGCCACCGAAUGCCAUCCGAACGGGGCCCGCACUGCAGCGUUCUGCACGCCGUCGAAGGCUUUGCCCUGGUCUUGCUGUGCAGUUUCCAGGUUGCCACCCGCAAGCUGUCCGUGUUAAUCCUCAAGGAAAUCCGAGCACUGUUUAUUGCCCUGGGUCAGCCUGAGGACGACGACAGACCGAUGAUUGACGUCAUGGAUCAGCUGAGCUCGUCCAUCCUGGAAAGUUUCAUUCACGUGGCCGUUUCAGAUUCGGCCACGCUGCCGCUGACCCACAACGUGGAUCUGCAGUGGCUGGUAGAGUGGAACGCGGUCCUGGUCAACAGCCACUACGACGUGAAGAGCCCGUCCCACGUCUGGAUCUUCGCCCAGUCCGUCAAAGACCCCUGGGUGCUCUGCCUCUUCAGUUUCCUGCGGCAGGAGAACCUGCCCAAACACUGCCCCACAGCGCUCAGCUACGCCUGGCCCUACGCCUUCACACGGCUCCAGUCGGUGAUACCACUGGUGGACCCCAACAGCCCGAUCAACGCCAAGAAAACCAGCAGUGCCAGCAGCGGCGACAACUACGUCACCUUGUGGAGGAAUUACCUCAUCCUCUGCUUUGGAGUUGCCAAGCCCAGCAUCAUGAGCCCCGGUCACUUACGAGCCUCGACUGCAGAAAUUGUGGCCACCACGCCAGAUGGCACAGUGAGCUAUGAUAACAAGGCCAUAGGCACCCCAUCGGUGGCUGUCCUGUUGAAGCAGCUGGUGCCUCUGAUGAGACUGGAGAGUAUCGAAAUUACAGAGUCCUUGGUGUUGGGAUUUGGACGAACGAAUUCCCUCGUUUUCAGAGAACUGGUAGAAGAACUUCAUCCAUUAAUGAAAGAAGCUCUGGAACGAAGACCAGAGAACAAGAAACGCCGAGAGCGACGAGACUUGUUAAGGCUACAGCUGCUCCGGAUUUUUGAACUUCUGGCCGACGCUGGUGUGAUAAGUGACAGCACUAACGGGGCCUUAGAGCGAGACACGUUAGCCCUCGGUGCUCUGUUCUUGGAAUAUGUGGACUUGACGCGCAUGCUCCUAGAAGCUGAGAACGAUAAGGAAGCAGAGAUCCUGAAAGAUAUCCGCGCACAUUUUAGCGCCAUGGUCGCCAACUUGAUCCAGUGUGUUCCAGUUCACCACCGGCGGUUCCUUUUCCCCCAGCAAAGCCUGCGUCACCAUCUCUUCAUCUUAUUUAGCCAGUGGGCAGGUCCCUUCAGCAUCAUGUUCACUCCUCUGGACCGGUACAGCGACAGAAACCAUCAGAUCACAAGAUACCAGUAUUGCGCACUGAAGGCGAUGUCGGCCGUGUUAUGCUGUGGCCCUGUCUUUGACAAUGUGGGUCUCUCUCCAGACGGUUACCUGUAUAAGUGGCUUGACAAUAUUCUGGCUUGUCAAGAUUUACGAGUUCAUCAGCUUGGCUGUGAGGUUGUCGUCUUGUUAUUGGAACUUAAUCCUGACCAAAUAAAUCUUUUUAAUUGGGCCAUUGACCGAUGCUACACAGGAUCCUACCAGCUGGCGUCAGGCUGCUUCAAAGCCAUAGCAACUGUGUGCGGAAGCAGGAACUAUCCCUUCGACAUAGUGACAUUGUUAAACCUUGUUCUGUUCAAGGCCUCCGACACCAACAGAGAGAUUUAUGAAAUUUCCAUGCAGCUCUUGCAGAUCCUCGAAGCAAAGCUUUUUGUGUACUCGAAGAAGGUGGCUGAGCAGAGGCCCGGCAGCAUUCUGUAUGGAACGCACGGGCCGUUGCCCCCCCUCUACAGCGUGUCUCUGGCCUUCUUGUCCUGUGAACUAGCCAGGAUGUACCCUGAGCUCACGCUUCCUCUCUUCUCAGAGAUCAGCCAGCGGUUCCCCACGACACACCCCAAUGGACGUCAGAUCAUGCUUACCUACCUCCUCCCCUGGCUGCACAACAUCGAGCUGGUGGACAGCAGACUUCUCCUCCCGGGCUCAAGCCCCAGCAGCCCAGAGGAGGAUGAGGCCAAGGACCGAGAAGGGGAGGUGACUGCCUCCCAUGGGCUGAAAGGGAAUGGCUGGGGCUCUCCUGAGGCCACGUCGCUGGUCCUGAAUAACCUCAUGUAUAUGACGGCCAAGUACGGAGAUGAAGUCCCCGGCCCAGAAAUGGAAAAUGCUUGGAACGCGUUAGCCAACAAUGAGAAAUGGAGCAACAACCUGCGGGUCACCUUGCAGUUUCUCAUCAGCUUGUGCGGGGUCAGCAGCGACACGGUCCUCCUGCCCUACAUCAAAAAGGUGGCCGUGUACUUGUGCCGUAACAACACCAUUCAGACCAUGGAGGAACUCCUCUUUGAGCUGCAGCAGACAGAGCCGGUGAACCCCAUCGUCCAGCACUGCGACAACCCGCCUUUCUACCGCUUCACGGCCAGCAGCAAGGCCUCCGCGGCUGCCUCCGGAACCACUUCUAGCAGCAACACGGUGGUUGCCGGCCAGGACGGCUUCCCAGAUGCCGAGGAGAGCAAGAUAAUGAAAGAAUCUGAUGAGAGGUUUAGCAACGUCAUCAGAACCCACACUCGCCUGGAGUCGAGAUACAGCAAUAGCUCUGGAGGGUCCUAUGAUGAGGAUAAAAACGACCCCAUCUCCCCCUACACGGGCUGGUUGUUGACAGUCACAGAGACCAAGCAGCCGCAGCCCUUGCCGAUGCCUUGUACCGGGGGGUGCUGGGCACCCCUCGUUGACUACCUCCCCGAGACCAUCACCCUGCGGGGCCCACUGCACCGGUGCAACAUUGCUGUCAUUUUUAUGACAGAGAUGGUGGUCGACCACAGCGUGAGAGAAGACUGGGCCCUCCACCUGCCGCUGUUACUUCACGCUGUCUUCUUAGGUCUGGACCAUUACCGGCCGGAAGUGUUUGAACACAGCAAAAAGCUGCUGCUGCACCUCUUGAUCGCCUUGUCCUACAACAGCAACUUCCACGCCGUUGCGUCUGUGCUGCUGCAGACACGCGAGCUGAGCGAAGCCAAGACGCUCACCGUCCAGCCAGUGUAUCAGCCCGAAUACCUCUACACAGGUGGCUUUGACUUCCUUCGAGAGGACCAGCCGUCACCAGUGCCUGACUCGGGGCUGAGCUCCAGCUCCACUUCGUCCAGCAUCAGUCUGGGGGGCAGUAGCGGGAACCUCCCACAGAUGACCCAAGAGGUGGAAGACGCGGACACAGCCGCCGAGACAGACGAGAAGGCCAACAAGCUCAUUGAGUUUCUGACAACCAGGGCGUUUGGUCCACUUUGGUGCCAUGAAGACAUCACCCCCAAAAAUCAAAAUUCAAAGAGUGCUGAACAGCUCAGUAAUUUUCUCCGCCAUGUGGUAUCCGUAUUUAAAGAUUCCAGAUCAGGUUUCCAUCUGGAGCAACACCUGAGUGAAGUUGCCCUGCAGACGGCUCUCGCCAGUUCCUCCAGGCACUACGCCGGCCGAUCCUUCCAGAUCUUCAGGGCCCUCAAGCAGCCUCUGUCUGCCCACGCCUUGUCCGACCUUCUCUCCAGACUGGUGGAGGUGAUCGGAGAGCACGGAGAUGAGAUCCAGGGUUAUGUCAUGGAAGCACUCCUGACCUUGGAAGCGGCUGUGGAUAACUUGUCUGACUGCUUGAAGAACAGCGAUCUCUUGACUGUAUUAUCUCGCUCAUCGUCACCAGACUUAAGCUCUAGCACAAAACUGACAGCAAGCAGAAAGAGCACAGGACAACUCAACGUGAACCCAGGAACCACCGGAGGCAGCACAGCCACUGGAGAGCGCAGCCGGCAUCAGAGGAGCUUCUCUGUCCCCAAGAAGUUUGGUGUCGUAGACCGCUCUUCAGACCCACCUCGAAGCGCCACCCUAGACAGGAUCCAGGCUUGUACCCAGCAAGGUCUCUCUUCAAAGACCAGGAGCUCCUCCUCCUUGAAGGACAGCCUCACCGACCCCUCCCACAUCAACCAUCCAACCAACCUGUUGGCCACCAUCUUCUGGGUCACUGUGGCCUUGAUGGAGUCUGACUUUGAGUUUGAGUACCUGAUGGCCUUAAGGCUGCUGAGCAGACUGCUGGCUCAUAUGCCACUGGAUAAAGCAGAGACUCGAGAGAAACUGGAGAAGCUGCAAGCACAGCUCAAGUGGGCCGACUUCUCAGGGUUGCAGCAGCUGCUGCUGAAAGGGUUCACGUCCCUCACCACCACAGACCUGACCCUGCAGCUCUUCAGUCUGCUCACACCAGUGUCCAAAGUACCCAUGGUGGACGCGUCCCAGGCUAUCGGGUUCCCGCUGAACGUCCUGUGCCUCCUGCCCCAGCUGAUUCAGCAUUUUGAAAAUCCCAGUCCGUUCUGUAAGGACGUGGCCGAGAGGAUCGCUCAGGUCUGUCUGGAAGAAAAGAACCCCAAGCUUUCGAACCUGGCCCAUGUUAUGACUCUGUACAAAACCCACAGCUACACGCGAGACUGUGCCACGUGGGUCAACGUGGUGUGUCGGUACCUCCAUGAAGCAUACACUGAUAUCACCUUGAACAUGGUGACCUACCUGGCAGAGUUGCUGGAGAAGGGCCUCCCGAGCAUGCAGCAGUCGCUGCUCCAGGUGAUCUGCAGUCUGCUCAGCUACAUGGACCUGUCCGUCAUUCCCGUGAGGCAGUUUAACGUGGACGUUCUGAAGACCAUUGAGAAAUACGUGCAAAGCACUCACUGGAGGGAAGCCCUCAACAUCUUGAGGCUGGUGGUGUCCCGCUCGGCCAGCCUCGUCCUGCCUUCCUACCAGCACGGCGACCUCUCAAAAAUAGAAAUCCAUCGCGUGUGGACCAGCGCAUCCAAGGAAUUACCCGGAAAAACCCUGGAUUUUCACUUUGAUCUUUCUGAGACUCCAAUCAUCGGGCGGCGGUACGACGACCUGCAGAACUCUUCGGGGCACGACGGGAAGCCCAGGGCCAUGGCCGUCACCCGGAGCACGUCCUCCACCUCGUCAGGCUCCAAUUCCAACGUCCUGGUCCCUGUGAGCUGGAAGAGGCCGCAGUAUUCACAGAAGAGGACGAAGGAGAAGUUGGUACAUGUCCUUUCUUUGUGUGGCCAAGAAGUAGGACUGAGCAAAAACCCAUCAGUGGUCUUCUCGUCCUGCGGGGACGCCGACCUGCUGGAGCACCAGGCCAGCCUGGUCUCCUCCGAGGACGGCCCCCGGGAGCAGGAGAACAUGGAGGACACCAACAGCGAGCAGCAGUUUAGGGUCUUCAGGGACUUCGACUUCCUGGACGUGGAGCUGGAAGAUGGAGAGGGAGAGACCAUGGACAACUUCAACUGGGGCGUGCGCAGGCGCUCCCUGGACAGUCUGGACAAGUGUGACAUGCAGCGGCUAGAGGAGCAUCAGCUUUCCGGGAGCACCCCCAGCCUCCACAAGAUGAACCCUGAGGAUUCCGACGAGUCAUCCGAGGAGGAGGGCCUCACCACCAGCCAGCUCCUGGAGCACUCGGACCUCAUCAUGGCGCUGUCCCCCUCUGAGGAGGCCAAUCACAUGGAGUCGCUCACCAUGGCCUGUGACAUCACUCCUGCCGACCCCCACUCGUUCACCACAAGGAUGGCGGGCUUUGAGGCUUCUUUGCCGGAAAUGAGUAACCUACAGGUUUCCGAGGGUUCAAAGGCAGAAGUUGUACAGGAGGAAGAAGACACCGCUGUGCACGAAGAUGACCUCUCUAGCUCCAUCAACGAACUCCCGGCAGCUUUCGAAUGCAGUGACAGCUUUAGCCUGGACAUGACAGAGGCCGAAGAGAAGGGCGACCGAGCGCUGGACCCGUUUACUUUGUCGAGCUUUGGAGAAGGGGACAGGGGCGUCUCCCCACCUCCGUCACCCUUCUUCUCAGCCAUCCUGGCAGCCUUCCAGCCCACGGCCUGUGACGACGCUGAGGAAGCCUGGCACAGCCACAUCAACCAGCUCAUGUGUGACUCGGAUGGUUCCUGUGCUGUGUAUACGUUUCACGUCUUCUCUUCCUUGUUUAAGAAUAUUCAGAAGAGGUUCUGCUUCUUGACCUGCGAUGCAGCCAGUUACCUGGGAGACAACCUCCGGGGAAUUGGAUCCAAGUUUGUCAGUUCCUCCCAGAUGCUCACCUCCUGCUCCGAGUGCCCCACCCUUUUUGUGGAUGCUGAGACUCUCCUUUCCUGUGGGCUUCUGGACAAACUCAAGUUCAGUGUUCUAGAAUUGCAAGAAUACCUGGACACCUACAACAACAGGAAGGAGGCCACGCUCUCAUGGCUUGCAAACUGUAAGGCGACGUUUGCCGGAGGAUCAAGGGAUGGAGUCAUUACGUGCCAACCAGGAGACUCGGAAGAAAAGCAACUGGAACUCUGCCAGAGGUUAUAUAAGCUACACUUCCAGCUGCUGCUGCUCUUCCAGUCCUACUGUAAGCUCAUUGGCCAGGUGCACGAAGUGAGCUCCAUGCCCCAGCUGCUGAAUAUGUCGAGGGAACUCAGUGAUUUAAAGAAGAACCUGAAGGAGGCCACGGCGGCCAUCGCAGCAGACCCCCUUUGUGGAGAUGGCGCCUGGGCUGAGCCGACCUUCUUGUCCACGGAAGCUGCCAUUCAGUCCAUGCUAGAGUGCCUCAAGAACAAUGAGCUCAGCCGGGCGCUGCGGCAAAUCAGGGAGUGCAGAAGUCUGUGGCCUAAUGACAUCUUUGGAAGCAGUUCCGACGAUGAGGUCCAGACACUACUGAAUAUUUAUUUCCGUCAUCAAACUCUGGGACAGACGGGGACUUACGCGCUCGUGGGGUCUAACCAGAGCCUGACAGAGAUCUGUACCAAGCUGAUGGAGCUGAACAUGGACAUCAGGGACAUGAUCCGCAGGGCGCAGAGCUACCGAGUUCUCACGGCCUUUCUCCCAGACUCCAGUGCUUCCGGCACUAGUCUCUGA